AUGGAUUCUGAUGAUUUAGAGCCUGCACAGAUUCUAGCUCUGUUCACAGAAGACAUUCAAGGAGAAAGUAUUCACGAACGUCUUUUUACAGCAGGAAACAUGUAUUUAAUUGCCGCAGCUCUUGGUCCUGAAGCAACAAGAAACUCGUUAUUACCAUUUUUAAUGUCUGGAAUUAGUUUGGACGGAGAAGUAAAAGCUAUUAUUGCAGAGCAGCUCGGAGGUUUUGUAAAAUAUGUUGGAGGCUCUAAAUUUGCGACAGUAUUAAUCGAGCCAUUAAAAAUUCUUGCCGAUUCAGACGAAAUUUUUGUACGUGAGAAAGCAGUAAAGUCUCUAGCAAAAGUGUGCAAUCACAUUCCAUCAAAUGAAGCUGAUCCUACGAUCACAAAAUUUUUAAUUACUUUAUUCUCAUCGAAUCAAGUCACAUUCAAGACAGAUGCAUGCAUGUUACUACCCCAUCUAUACGAGCGCGUUGCAGAUUCUAACAAAGCUAAGCUUAGACGUGCUUUUGUUUCUAUGUUAAAAGAUGAAACAGCUUCAGUUCGUCGCGCCGCACUUGCAGCCAUUCCAGAACUAGUUAACGUUCUUAAACAAACUACAAUCAUGAGCGAAAUCGUUCGCCAAGGCCUCCAAGAACGAAUUAACGAUGAUGAUGAAAGCAUUAGAGUCAUGAUUCCAGGAUGUCUACCUCCCAUUGCCGCCAAAAUAUCUCCACAAGACAGAGUACAGUUCAUUGUCCCUAUUUCCCGUGUAAUGGUCAAAGAUUCUUCAUGGUGGGUUCGUGCUAACAUGGCAAAGGCACUUCCGAAGUUAAUUCCAUAUUUCGGAUCCGAUCUGAUCAACAGUGAUAUCGGUAUGAUCCUUCUUAUCCUUCUAAGAGAUCCAGAUCCUGAAGUAAAAACCGCCGCUUGUUUGUGUUGCAGACAAAUUGUUGAUGUUUUGCAGAAAGUACCGAAUUACUUCAUAGAUACUGUUCUUCCUGAAGUCAAUCUCCUUGCUGCUGAGCGUUUCAAGCAAGUCCGAGAAGAAGUUGCCGCUGAUAUUUUGUAUUUCGCAAAAAUUGUUCCUGACAAUGUUGCUGAAGAAAAAAUUUUCCCUUUAGUUGCACAAUUAAUCAACGACAAUGAUAGGGAUGUUGUUAUUGCUGUCCUUAGAUCUCUCAGCAGCACAUUUGGAGCAAUAAACUCUUUCUCAAUCACUCGUGUCAUUCUUCCAAAACUCAUUGAAGUUGCAACAAAAGAAGAUUGGAGAGUUCGAAUAGAAAUUAUCCGAAAUUUCUGUAUUUUCUUGCCUUUCGUGACAGGAGAAGCCAUACACGCACAGAUUAUACCAUUAAUUGGUGAUUGGCUACAGGAUGAAGUCUACGCAGUAAGAGAAGAAAUGGCCAUGACAUUGCCUGACUUUUUACAAGUGAUGCAAGGUGACCAAACAAACUCUUUCAAUGAAGUUAUAGAUGCAAUUGUUUCUGUAAUUAUGAGACUGAACCACUCUCAAAGGAUACCUGUAAGACAAGCUGCACUCCUCGCGGCAUCUUACAUAGGGCAGGUUUUACCUCAGGAAGUGAUGACAGAAAGAAUUUUGCCACCAGUGAUUUUGAUGGCAUCUGACAAAGUUGUUAACGUAAGAAUUUUGGCUGCAAAAACACUUAAUAAACUGAAAGCGUUCGUAACACAGCAAGGACAGCAGAAAAUUAAGCUCUGCAUGAAACAAUUGGCUAAUGAUCCUGAUGCAGAUGUGAAAUAUUUUGUCCAAAUGUAA